AUGAGUUUCGUCAUCUACGACCUCGAGGAUGAUGUGCGGAAACUACUCAACAUCGACAACUUCCUCGACGGGCUCACGCCAAACGAUUUCGUCGAGGAAUUGAGCAAGGAUCAUAUCUUGAAAGGGGCCGAGGUGAACAGCCUUGAAUAUUUGGAUCCCAAGCCCUAUAUCCGUACGUUCGAGUCGACGCUAAGACACCUCAAAAACUUGGCCGAGCAUGCCCAAGAGCUGCGCGAGUUGGCGGCAAAACAGGUCGAGGAGUACGAAUUAAGCCACAGUAAAAGCGUGCUAAAACUAGCGUCUGAAGUGGAGCAGAUCGUGGCGCAGUUCGGCGGCUUGGACACAGAGAUCUCGAGCAUCACGGAGAAAAUUGACCCUUUGAACCAGGCGUUGAACAAGAUCACCAACUCGCGCGAUCGGUCCAUCGAAACCAUCUUUCUCAUCCGCAGCUACCAUGGAUUCUACACAAAAGAAAAGUACGAGCCCUUGGAGAAGUUGCGCACAGCAAAAGACACGGAGCUGAAGAUGAAAUGCGCCAAAACUGUGAACAAUCUUCUCGUGUUGGCGAAGAAAAUCGACCACCUCACCGGGAACCUCCCGAAAGUGAGCAAAUGCGUGACUACCAUCGAGAAAUAUGGCGAGACGAUGGAGCAGGCGCUCGUGGAGCGGUUCGAGAUUGCCUCUGAACAUAACGAUUUCGACGAAAUGUGCGAGAUCGCAAAAGUCUUGUUUGAUUUCAAUGGCGGCAGUAGCGUGGUGCUGGCUUUCAUGAACAAGAGCGAUCUCUUUUUGGAGGACUCCCACGACGACGAGGGGGAAGGUGUGUUCUCCAUCCUUGAGGACGAGGCACUUUUGGAGAAUUUCGCUGACCCGAAUCAAGAGGUCCAUGACAUCUUUGCAAACGAGGCCACCGACCAUCUCUUGAACAAAUUAAAAGUGUCCGUCAAGGGACAGGCCCGCAUAGUGCAACAAGUGUUCGAAGUGCCCAUUCCCGUGCUCAAAGUCAUGGUUCAGCGUGUCUAUGCGCAAAUGAUUCAGAACCGGGUCUCGACGCUUUUGCUGUUCUCUCAGCAAGCCGGCCCAUUGGCUCACGUGCGAAUCUUGCAUGCCUUAUACGUUUUGGUGGGCGAUUUCACAAAAGACAUGAAGGAUUUCUUCGUGACAAACGACUUUGACGACAAUAACGAGAUCGGCUCCACCCUUGACCAAUGCUACAGCGAUCUAUUCAUCGAGUACAUAACGGACGACUCUUUUUUCAAGCUAGAAAAAGAGAUGCUUGAGGACAUUAUUUUCGGCAUAGCACAGGAGUAUUUGGCGGCUAACGAGAAAGCCCUACAGAAAAAGGAGUUGGAAACCAGGCUUCAAGAAUUCGACAAUGAAGCCGCGGCACUCAACAUGACUGCUGUUGGCACUCAACAGCCGCAUAACGAACGAGGCAGAUUCCCUUUCGUGGAUAAACACAGGCUUAACAAGUUCAAGGAUUUUGUAAAGAUGCGCUGGCCCGAAGGAUUAACAAGCUCCAAAGACGUAUCUGAACCACAUAUGAAGAGCAGGGGUCUCGUCAAGAUCACUGACGUCCGUAUUGUUUUGCGAAUGACAAUUGAUUCCGUGGCUCGAAUCCUAGAGCUAGCGCCUGCCAAGUCGCCUGAAUUGUUACUUGAAGUGUUGGAAAUGUUGAUUUUGGACUUUGGUGGUCUAUAUAUUAGCGGUGGGUUGGAAGUCGCGUACGACAGGGCGAGGCAAGAACUAGCAAGUGCAUCCUUGCCCCAAGAUCCGCUGUUUGACUACUUGAAAGUUUUCAAUCUAACAAGCGAAGUCUUGUUUCUUCUAUCUUCAUGUAUCAAGAAGAUCAUCUUACCAUGCACUGUGAACAGCCCGCCCGUGAGAAGCCGAAUGAUAAGUCUUACAAACAGCUUCGUGCAGAGGUGUGAGACAUCCUUGAACUUGAUUCUUGAGUGUUUGGUGGAAUUCGUAACGGUGAAAUUGAACCAAUUCUUGCAAAAGCAGAAGAAGAAGGAUUUCUUUUGUGACAGCAUAGACGCCGUCAAGGACUACACAGAGGUCUGCGAAGAGUUGUCCGAUUUCAUUGUCCAUUUGCACGCGCUUAUGAAAAAAGAUCUUAAUGGUAGCAACCUCAAUAAUGUCUUGAUCAAGAUCGGAAUGAUCUUGUUGAACUUGUUGCUCGAUCACUUCAAGAAGUUCGGAGUCAACUCCACGGGUGGAAUUGUAUUGACUCAAGACGUGAUCAGAUACCAAUCAGUGAUUGAAUCCUGGAACAUCCCAGAGCUCAGCGAAAGGUUUCAAAUUUUGCGUGAGAUUAGCAACUUGUUCACCGUGCAGCCUAACUUGAUAAACUCGUUGAUCACGGAGGGCCAUUUGGCCAGCUUAAAGGUCUCAACCGUGAGACAGUACAUUUCGAAGAGAACCGAUUUCAGCCCUUCAUAUAUGGAAAUCAUUUUCGGACGCAAAUAG